CGAAUGAGGCAAAGUCCGAAUGUUGGCACCCACACCCAAACAAGAAGUGACGUGUCCCUUGCCAACCCUGCACCGGUAGACUCUAAAAACCUCACCAGGACUUUCCUACAAAAACAAACCAGCUCCAUCGCAUAUAACCUGAAAAUAUAACCGCCGUGUAUUGCACCUUUGGGACACUAGAGGCUGUGACACACAGCCUGCACGGCCCCAACAAACCACCAAGAAGAACCCUGCAGGGUCAACCUGAGGCCCUGAGCUAGCUAGUACUUCAUGUUGAUAACUAACACCCACGUCACCCUAGUGUUUUGCCAGGACUGGAAAUCACGCCAAAGUUCCAACAGGCAGCAGAGCAUCAGAGGGUCUAGACUCAACACUGAAUUGCAAGAGAAGAUAAAGGUUUUCCUUACCUCAACACCUGCAAUAUGGCUGUCUUACCUGACACUCUCUGUCUUUUUGAUGUGGAUGGCACACUCACUCAGCCUCGGAAAAAAAUUGAACCUGUGAUGGCAGACUUUAUGCUGAAGAUGAAGGAGAAGGUGCCGUGUGGCCUGGUAGGGGGUUCAGACCUCAACAAGAUAGCAGAGCAGAUGGGUGGCUUAGAGGCGCUGAUGAAGUUUGACUACGUGUUUGCCGAGAAUGGUCUGGUGGCAUACAAAAAUGGUCAGUUUAUGAAGAAGGAGAGCAUCCAAAACCACAUGGGUGAAGAGAAACUGCAGAGAUUCAUUAACUUUGCCCUGUGCUACAUGUCCUCUCUCACUCUGCCAGUGAAGCGUGGCACCUUCAUUGAGUUCCGCAACGGCCUGAUCAACGUGUGCCCUGUCGGCCGCAGCUGCUCCCAGGAGGAGCGUGACCAGUUUGGGGAAUAUGACAAAGUUCACCACAUCAGGGAGAAGUUUGUGAAAGCUUUGCAGGAAGAGUUUCCUGACUCUGGCUUGGUGUUCUCCAUAGGCGGCCAGAUUAGCUUUGACGUGUUCCCCAAAGGCUGGGACAAGACCUACUGUUUACAAUAUGUGGAGAACGACUUUAAGACGAUUCACUUCUUUGGGGACAAGACGGACAAAGGUGGCAAUGACCAUGAGAUCUAUGAGGAUUCCCGUACAGUGGGGCACAAGGUCACCUCUCCUGAGGACACCAGGGUGCAGCUGCAGAAGGUCCUGGACAUGGAGUGUUAAUGGCAGCUGAUGUUUUUGGGAAUUAGGUCAGUGGCUAAGUGUUUUGGGGAGUAGGAUGUGUUUGGUAGUGCCUUUCAACACUUCACCUUUUCUUAGAAUAUGUACUGUAUCUCUCAUUCUAAUCACUAUAGUGAACUGUCAGUUUAGUCUUCAAAGCUUAUCAUGAGAACUAUCUCCUUAAUCUCUAGAAAUAUUCUGGUAAACUGUCUUCUUUAUAAAAAAUUAUGCUAAUAAACUCACAAUCUCUGAAAGUAUUCUGAAAAAAUAAUAAUGCUAAUCUAUUGAUUAAAUUUUUGGAAAAAUUAUGUUUAUUUCUAAUGCUAAGAUGGAAAAUUGUAUCUUUAUUAUUUUUAACAAAGGAAACAGAUGAAUACAUGUGGUGUUUGUGUUGUGAGCUGAACUAAGCAGAAGUUUGUCAUAAUCAUUCUUAAGACAAUUCUAGAAAACAUUAUAAUCUAUAUAACUACUGCAAGGAAAUGUUUUUGCAUUCUUGUUAACAAAGAACACAUAUGGUGUCAGCAUCCUAGAAUACAUUAACCAGGAACUUGUCCCUUUAAUCUUUAAAAAACGCUAUAUAGUUUAUGAAAAUAUAUUUAUAUCUCCGUCAGCCAUGCUGCGAACAAUAUUAGCAUCCAAGGUAACAUUAUCGUUAUGUUGUGAUCAUUCUGUAUUAAAUAACCAUAGCAAACUGUUAUGACCAUGAAGACAUUACUGCAUACCUCAUUUAGUGACCUGAGUGAGUAAUGGGGACAGGCAGUGUAGUCCUGUUCUGUAUAUAAUUAAUAUCCAUGCAAGUGUCAUCGCCCUUAAAGCAUUACUUCAUACUUAAUUUGGUGAGCCGAGUGACGGGUGAGGCAGUGGGGCCCUUGACUCAGCUCAGGAAGGCCUGCCAGCACUGCACUAGUCACUAUUGGUUGUGUUCUGGGAAGGGUGUGUGUAUGUGAGUGUGUGUGUUACUGCUCCACCAUCACCAUUACCCUCUGUGUUCUCUUUCUGUCUCUGUUUCUUUGUGCUCUCUCUCUCUCUCUCUCUCUCUCUCUCUCUCUCUCUCUCUCUCUCUCUCUCUCUCUCUCUCUCUCUCUCUCUCUCUCUCUCUCUCUCUCUCUCUCUCUCUCUCUCUCUCUCUCUCUCUCUCUCUCUCUCUCUCUCUCUCUCUCUCUCUCUCUCUCUCUCUCUAAGAAAAGUAUUAUGUGGUUAUCCAGUUAGGUAUGUAUGGUUUGAGGUGUGUGUUUUCUAGAUUGAUAUAUUUAUGUUCUGAGUUAUGUACUGUUAUUCUAUUUAUUGCUGUUAUAGUUCUGUAGUUUUUUUUUUCCCUCUGGUUGUAAUUCAAUGAAGUUUUCCAUGUUGUU